AUGCUGCAGGACAGCAACUCCUCUAAACAUAAUGCGAUGCUGGGCAAGAAGGUUGCCCAUCCGAAAUCGACCAGAUUCGACGACGCUGGCGAUGACUUCCCCACGCCUCCUGCGAAACGAGUAAAACGCGACAUCAACAUCACCUCCUUUGUACAAAAAGGCAAUCUGCGACAGUUGACAGAUAGAACCGAGAUCCCAGAUUCGGAGGAAGACAGCGAAGAUGAGCUGUAUGGUUCAGAAGAAGUCUCGCGCCAGACGGAUCUCGAAAGUGCUCUCCCUCCGAUCCAGACGGACAAGGAAGCAAUCGAAGCGUACGAAGCUUCUCGAGCAGCCGAACAGGCCGAACUAGGUCUUCAGGAACGUCUCGAUGGCCAGAAAUGGGUCAAGGGGAAGAGCUCGAUAUAUGUGGAUGCGUUCAAUCUCGCACUGGAGACGGUGCUGGAAGAUGAGAGCCAUCUGUUUGACGGGGCCGAACACGCCGUCUUCAAGCAGUGGCGGGAACUGAGCUACGAAGGCCAAUAUCUAUACGUCAGACUCUUUCUGCGAAAGACAUCAAGUUGGCAUCGAAUCAGUCGAUUGGGGUAUCACAGCGACAUUGCGGAUCUACAGAACGCUAUCAAUGAGAUACAGACUCCGAGAGAGCUGCCCAUGCACACCUCGCAACAGCAGGAUAAUCCGGGCGAGCUAGAACCACCUGAAGGGACAACGCUUGGCGAGAACUUCACCUUUGCAGAUCGGUCUGAGGACUGCAUCAAAGAUCUCGAAGAGGCGUCAUCACUCUUGCUGCUAGAUGAGCUGAAGGCAUUGGCCAAGGAUGCGAAAGUGCAAGGCAAAAACAAGAAAGAGCUUUUGCGAGCAUUUAGAAAGUCGAGUGGACAACAGACUGCCCUCUCUGGCUUCGUAGGCUUGAAGCGGUCGGACACAGAAGAGUCCACAGCAUCGAUCAACUGCGUUUCUGCAGACCAGGACAGUCGAGAGACAACACCCGCAAGGUUCGAGAAUCGCGAUUCCUAUUUCAUUGACAAGAUCAUGGCCGAGACUGGGCCAUGCAUUCGACUCUCUUUGCCAGCCUUGAAGCUCUUUGAGCGCGUUCAUCUUGUCUUCUACCGUUCCACUGAAUGGACAGAAAAAUCUCUGACUACCAUCAUUUUGGCUCGAAUUGCUCGACGAAACUUUCCAGAAUACAUUGUCUCGCGCUCGGCGAACAUCUUCGCAUCUCGGUCGCUGCUGUUGGAGUUCGAAGCUGCCGUUCGUACUCAGUUCAGGGUUGACAACAUUUUGGAGUUCAAUGGCACUCCUACCAAGGAAGGCUUGCGGCUGACCAUCGGCAUUUUUGAAGAGGUGCUGCCACGCUGGCGGGUUCUGUUGGCAGAAGAGCAGAGGAAGGAGGAUAGCAUAUACAGCACUGGCGAGGGAGCAUAUCUACGGCGUCUGUCACCUGCCUGGGUCUAUACGAGGAUUGUCCACAAAGGCGCCUUUGUACUGGGCAAGAACAAGGAGCACAAGCGCGAACACGCAAUUCUGUGCGAGCUUCUCGAACAGAAGCUGUUUCACACAUCGCGACGUGGCGAUUGGUAUCAACGCAAAGCGCUGCUGGAAGAACACUACAUGCAUCUUUAUCUUCCGUCGCCUUCGGAGUGCAAGGACGUAGAAGCCAAGAAGAAGCACUGGAAGCGCAUGGCGCUUGCAACCUGUGAAGAAGGUCUGCAAGACCAGCUCACACAUCUCAUCUUUCAUCGGGACUUACAGAAGCGGACGACGAAGCUUGAAAAGGCGCUGAAAAUACCGAAACGGCAACAGCACGACUUCGAGCACGUUCGCCUUGCCAAAGCUGAAGACCGCACUUUCGAAGGGAUCCGUAUUGAACGCGAAGCCAGCAGCAGGCGCAACAGCGAACAGAACGGCAAGCUCAGCCAUCGUGGCGCGAAGACGAUCUGGCUCGAUCCCGAGGUCGUUGCGCAGCCAAAUCUCGAGGAGAUCAAGGACGAAGCAGAGUCAGAACCUGUGCGGCCGCUCGAGGCAGAGUGCUCCGUCGAGGAGAUGUGUCUGUCCAAUUAUCGUCUCCUAGGCUGGAAAGGCUACCACAGCGAAGGCCGAGUCUUGCGCACCUUGUUCGCCUAUCUGUUCUACGACACCCUCUUCUUGUACAUUCCCAACGUGUUCCAGACACCCUACCAAACCUGUCCUCUCGACUUACACAGCGACGCGUUCUAUCCGAGUCGCAUAAGCGAAGUCAACGCGCGGCUGAACGAUAUCAGCAACGGUGAUGCGGAAGACAUUGUCCAGCGAGUCUGGCACGAACAUAACGAGAGGAAGACAUGCGUUGUAGGUUUGGAUUGGACCUACGCGAUUGAUGACUUGUUGGAGAUUGUGAGAUGUUGGCGACCUGAGGCCCUGAGCACGGUCAUGAAGACGAUGGUGCAGGAAUAUGGGCAGCGAGGUGGCGGGGUGCCGGACUUGUUCCUCUGGAAAUCGGAUGAAGAUGGCGGCAAGGGAGAAGUGAUGUUUGCGGAGGUGAAGAGCGAGAAUGAUCGGCUGAGCGAGACGCAGAGGAUGUGGAUUGACGUCUUGUCGGGAGCUGGUGUGAGGGUUGAGUUGUGUCAUGCUGUCUCUAAAGAGGUGCGACAACGCCAUACAUGA